AACUGCGUAAAUUGGGUGUUGAUUAUUUGACAAUAGAAGCUACAUACGUACCCGAUUUCAUCUAUGCAUCGAAUAAAAAACAAAGAGAGUCGCAAGAACUUCGUGAAGAUAAAGGAUUUGAUUGUCCUGACUUCUUUGCCUUCGAAAAGAGAGAAGAUAACGUAAAUGUUUAUCCUAUUCAUAACUUCUUAGCACUUUAUGGUAUUGGCUCAUGUCACUUACGAAAAAUAGGAGCCGAUUACGCUUCCAGAGUGCAUGGAGCAGUUCAGAGCCCGCUUCGAUGCCUGAUUGCUCUCGAGGCGGGAAUGUUUGAUGAACAUCAGAAAGACUGGGUACUUGUGAACGGACAGAAGGUAGUAAAGUAUGGGUCAGAUGAGUAUACGAAUCAGCAAUUAUCAGACCUCGAAGAGGAAAUGCCCGCUGCCAUUUAUAUUCCAGUUGAUCCAUUAGUUCGUGAAAAAUAUCUUCUUCAUUCAGCCCCCGCGUCGAGGUGA